ACUCUUCCUUUCAGUCCAGUACGGUGGCCGACGGGAGCCAGACGCUGGGGAUGAAUGAAGGAGCUGGGUGCAGGUUGAAAAAGUCUCCUCGGCUUUUCCCUUCCUCCAGUCUGGGUUCUGCCCUGGUGCGGUGUUCCCGUCCUGCCCCCGUCUUGCCCACCGCCCGGUCGGUCCCGGCGUCUGAGCGCUUGGUGCCCAGAUCGAGUCGGGCACAGCUAGGGUGUGGGGAUUCGGAUUACCGCCUAGGCCCAACUUCGGACCGCGCUCUCGAUUUCUGCCGCGGCCGCCUGUAGGACGCAGAAUCCCAGUGGGGUCCCGUGAGGCUUGGAGGGUAGAUCUUCAGGAUCCACAGUGAUGAUGACUGAGUGUGCAAGCCUUCAGUUUGUCAGCCCUUUCGCUUUCGAGGCAAUGCAGAAGGUGGAUGUGGUGCGCCUGGCGUCUUUAAGUGAUCCGGAACUAAGACUUCUCCUGCCCUGUUUGGUACGGAUGGCGCUUUGUGCUCCUGCUGACCAGAGCCAGAGCUGGGCUCAAGAUAAAAAGCUCAUCCUCCGCCUUCUGUCCGGAGUGGAAGCCGUCAACUCCAUCGUUGCGUUGCUGUCGGUGGACUUCCACGCUUUAGAGCAGGAUGCCAGCAAGGAGCAGCAGCUUAGGCAUAAACUUGGAGGAGGCAGUGGAGAGAGCAUCCUGGUUUCCCAGCUUCAGCAUGGACUGACAUUAGAGUUUGAACACAGCGAUUCACCUCGGCGAUUGCGUCUCGUGCUUAGCGAACUGUUGGCAAUCAUGAACAAGGUAUCUGAAUCCAAUGGAGAAUUUUUUUUCAAGUCUUCUGAGCUCUUUGAAAGUCCAGUAUAUUUGGAGGAAGCUGCAGAUGUACUUUGUAUUUUACAAGCAGAACUCCCUUCCUUACUUCCCAUAGUGGAUGUAGCUGAGGCCUUGCUACAUGUUAGAAAUGGUGCCUGGUUCUUAUGUCUUUUGGUGGCCAAUGUUCCUGAUAGUUUUAAUGAAGUUUGUAGAGGCCUGAUCAAAAAUGGAGAACGACAAGAUGAAGAAAGUCUCGGAGGAAGGCGCAGGACAGAUGCCUUACGCUUCUUAUGUAAAAUGAAUCCUUCUCAGGCUCUCAAGGUCCGCGGCAUGGUGGUAGAAGAAUGUCACUUGCCAGGUCUUGGAGUGGCUUUGACAUUGGAUCAUACUAAAAAUGAAGCAUGUGAAGAUGGAGUGAGUGAUUUGGUUUGUUUUGUUAGUGGUUUGCUUCUUGGAACAAAUGCGAAAGUCCGGACUUGGUUUGGAACUUUUAUCCGAAAUGGACAGCAGAGAAAGAAAGAGACCAGUAGUUCUGUCCUUUGGCAGAUGAGAAGGCAGCUGCUUCUGGAGCUGAUGGGCAUUCUUCCCACAGUAAGAAGUACCCGCAUUGUGGAAGAAGCUGAUGUGGACAUGGAGCCCAAUGUGUCUGUGUAUUCAGGACUGAAAGAAGAGCAUGUGGUGAAAGCCAGUGCGCUCUUACGUCUGUACUGUGCUUUGAUGGGGAUCGCUGGACUCAAACCGACUGAGGAAGAAGCUGAACAGUUACUCCAGUUGAUGACCAGCCGUCCUCCUGCUACACCAGCUGGGGUUCGCUUUGUUUCACUUUCAUUUUGUAUGCUGCUGGCCUUUUCUACACUUGUCAGUACACCUGAGCAGGAGCAACUCAUGGUGGUGUGGCUAAGUUGGAUGAUAAAAGAAGAAGCCUACUUUGAGAGCACUUCAGGUGUGUCUGCUUCAUUUGGGGAGAUGUUAUUGUUGGUGGCCAUGUACUUUCACAGCAACCAACUUAGUGCCAUCAUUGACUUAGUGUGUUCCACUUUGGGGAUGAAGAUUGUAAUUAAGCCAAGCUCCUUGAGCAGAAUGAAGACUAUCUUCACACAGGAAAUAUUUACUGAACAGGUUGUCACAGCUCAUGCAGUUCGGGUCCCUGUUACGAGUAACCUGAGUGCCAACAUCACUGGGUUUUUGCCUAUCCAUUGUAUUUACCAGCUUCUCAGGAGUCGUUCCUUUACCAAGCACAAAGUGUCAAUAAAAGACUGGAUUUAUAGACAGCUGUGUGAAACCUCCACUCCACUCCAUCCUCAGUUACUUCCUCUGAUCGACGUGUACAUAAAUUCUAUAUUGACUCCUGCAUCUAAAUCUAAUCCAGAAGCCACUAAUCAGCCAGUCACAGAACAGGAGAUACUCAAUAUUUUCCAAGGAGUCAUUGGGGGGGACAACCUUCGCCUUCCUCAGCGUUUCAGUAUCACAGCACAGCUUUUGGUGCUCUACUAUAUACUGUCUUACGAAGAGGCUCUUCUGGCAAACACGAAGACUUUAGCUGCCAUGCAAAGGAAGCCCAAAUCAUAUUCCUCUUCUUUGAUGGAUCAGAUUCCUAUCAAAUUCCUUAUUCGACAGGCUCAAGGGCUGCAGCAGGAGUUGGGAGGAUUGCAUUCAGCUUUACUACGUCUUCUUGCAACUAACUACCCACAUUUAUGUAUUGUGGAUGACUGGAUCUGUGAAGAAGAAAUCACAGGGACUGACGCUUUGUUAAGACGAAUGCUCCUGACUAAUAAUGCCAAAAACCACUCUCCUAAACAGCUCCAAGAAGCAUUUUCAGCUGUUCCAGUAAGUCACACACAAGUGAUGCAGAUUAUAGAACAUUUGACUCUACUGUCUGCUAGUGAACUUAUACCAUAUGCGGAAGUAUUAACAUCCAACAUGAAUCAGCUAUUGAAUUCAGGAGUCCCGCGGAGAAUUCUCCAAACAGUCAAUAAAUUAUGGAUGGUUCUUAAUACUGUGAUGCCUAGAAGGUUGUGGGUAAUGACAGUUAAUGCACUUCAGCCUUCGAUAAAGUUUGUACGACAGCAAAAGUAUACUCAGAAUGACCUGAUGAUCGAUCCUCUCAUUGUCCUACGGUGUGAUCAGAGGGUUCAUAGAUGCCCCCCACUGAUGGAUAUUACUCUGCACAUGUUGAAUGGAUAUCUUCUUGCAUCUAAAGCCUACCUUAGUGCUCAUCUGAAGGAAACAGCAGAGCAAGAUAGGCCGUCCCCGAAUAAUACAAUAGGUUUAGUUGGACAGGCUGAUGCCCCAGAAGUUACCAGGGAAGAAUUGAAAAAUGCAUUAUUGGCUGCUCAGGAUAGUGCAGCUGUCCAGAUUCUCUUAGAGAUUUGUUUACCUACUGAAGAAGAGAAAGCAAAGGGUGUGAAUCCAGACAGUUUGCUAAGGAAUGUUCAAAGUGUUAUUACCACCAACACUCCAAGUAAAGGAACUGAAGAAGGAGAAGACAAUUUGCUCUGUAACCUUCGAGAAGUUCAGUGCCUUAUCUGUUGUCUGUUGCACCAAAUGUACAUUGCAGAUCCUAACAUUGCUAAGCUUGUUCACUUUCAGGGUUAUCCAUGUGAACUUUUGCCUCUGACAGUCGCAGGUAUUCCAUCUAUGCAUAUCUGUCUGGAUUUUAUUCCUGAGCUUAUUGCACAGCCAGAACUUGAAAAACAGAUAUUUGCCAUCCAGUUACUUUCUCAUUUAUGUAUCCAGUAUGCAUUACCAAAGUCACUUAGUGUGGCUCGUUUAGCUGUCAAUGUCAUGGGAACUUUGCUAACAGUUUUAACACAGGCUAAGCGGUAUGCUUUUUUCAUGCCAACUCUGCCAAGUUUGGUCUCUUUUUGUAGAGCAUUUCCUCCACUUUAUGAGGACAUAAUGUCUUUGCUCAUCCAAAUAGGGCAAGUUUGUGCCUCUGAUGUUGCCACUCAGACAAGAGACAUCGAUCCAAUUAUUACACGUCUUCAACAAAUAAAGGAGAAGCCAAGUGGAUGGUCUCGAAUCUGUAAAGAUCCAUCUUAUAAAAAUGGAUCCAGGGACACUGGAAGCAUGGAUCCUGAUGUACAGCUCUGUCAUUGUAUUGAAAGCACAAUAAUCGAAAUAAUAAACAUGAGUGUUAGUGGAAUUUAGAAAAAAAUUAAACAAAAAAUUGAAGCCGUUUGCUGCAUAUACCCAAUAUGAAUCUGCAUCUUAUACAACUUUAAACUGAAUGGAAACAGUAAUGUCUUGGAAUCACUAAAAUGAUUCAAUUCCACAUGCAUACAAUUUAAGAGAAUUAUGCUUGCUUGUAUUUGAUUGGCACGUCUUUGGAUCUCCUUUGCUGGUAUGUUUGUAUUGUAGCAGCUGGGCUUUUUUCCAUUGGGAGCACACUUGAAAUGGAAUUUGGCCUUGUAUUUAGCUUUUGAAGUGAAGAAAGACUGCCAUGCCUUUAAUUUAAUUUCUUAUAAAAAUGAGUCUAUUGGGUAGCCCUACUGUUUUAUUUUAACUGUGAGUUUGUAACACAUGAUGUCAAAGGUGGAAUGAUGGGAGGGAGAAAAUGGGAUCAAGGGAAAGGAGAAUUCAGGAAAAAUUAGUAGGAGUUAACUACUCAGAAAUCUCAGAGACUUGCAACGCAGGUAAUAGUGAUAGUAAUGGAACUCUAGCUCUUAAGAAACAGUAUUGUGAAGGCUUUAAAAAAGGCAAGUAGCUUUUGUAAAUGAUUUCAUAGAAUUACGGAUGGGGAUUUAAAGAUUUUACAUAUUUGCUUCAGUUUUUACUAAUAUAUGAAGCCAUAAGUUUAAAGAGAUACUUGAAUAAUUUGGAAUUUUAAAAAACUGGUUUAAAAGUGUUUACAGAAACACCUGUGCAAAGAAGAGCCUGAAAGGAGGUCUCAUUUAGUUUUUUUUUAAUUUAUUUUUGUAAUGCUUUAUUAACUUAUCUAAUGCUCAGAGGACAGAAAUAUAUAUCAAAUUACAUGAGAUUUAGAGCAAUAAGACUCACUGGAUUAAAGAGCUUUUGGCUUGUCAUCAUGACUAUAAUUCACAUUUACUUUAAGAACAUCUUUGAGAAAACAUACACAGUGUUGGAACCUCAGGAAAAAUUGAAAUGUGGAAAAUACUGUUUUGCUGAAGAAUUUUGCAGUCCUCUGUUAGUAACUUCCAUUGGUUAGAUAGAUGUAUUCAGGUAACCCAUCAUCCUCAUUACAAAAAAAUUAAAUAUCCGGCAUAGAUGGUACUUCCCUUUGCUCUCUGAGAUAUACCUCAAUUACACACUCUUUUUCCCCCCCAGCACUCAAAAUAGACCUUUUCACUUGUAAAAGAAGUCAGGCAGGCGGAUAAGAAGGUGUUUUUUUAAGGGAAAAAAAUUAAAUUUAACUUCAGCCACUUCACUAGCAAAUCAUCACAUCUCAUUUUCCUCUUUUGUAAAAUCGGUUUAACGACUGGCCCUACCUCACAAGGGUAUUCUCUAAGAACGAGUUUGUAGCUGUUUCAAAUCAUGAAGUGCAUAAUAUCAUAUGUGGUAGGGAUAUUUAUAACUUUUUAUUAGAUGCUUAAUGUUCAAUUAAGUAAUUUUGAUGUGAAAAACAUACAUGCUAAAAAAAUCCCACAAGGAUUUUCAUAUUUUUGAACAAGGCAGUUUUGUAGUCCCUAAAGAGUAAACGCAGCUGCUCCUGUUUUGUUCUGUUUUUAAAAUGAGGCCUUGCAGUACUUUAUGUGAAUAGGUACCCCCAGGAGUUCUGAAGAGGCUCAAGUAUGUUUUCUAACUAAAUGCAGUACAAAUUUCAUGGACCAAUUUUUAAAGACUGGUCAAAACCUGCUGUGUGAAAAUAAUAUGCUGUUUUUCAUCAGAUUUGUUGAUGAUGUAAAUAAAAUAUGUAAAUACAUUAGUAAAUGUUAAUAUUCCUGUAUUUUAAGUUAAGGUUAUAAAAUUUGUCACAAUGUGAUUUUUUUAUUCAAGUGAAAACAGAUGUGUGCAGCUAUUUUGCAUAUUGACUUAUAAACAUUCAUAUUCUUUAUUAAGUGAA